AGCAGCAGUUUCCUAAGCCCAGGAAAGAAGCAGAUGAUAUGGCAGCUUUGUGAGCGGCCAGGUGGAACUCGCUUUUGUUUGAUCGGGCUGACAGCGGAUCAUGAGCACACUCUAACCCGCACACCACAGCGGGGAUCCCGGUACAAAAAUGAUAUAUCUGAUAUUAAUUUCUGCCUUUUCCGGGGCAGUCGUGACGGUCCUUUUGCAGCUCUUACUGCUAUACCGGAGGAGCCCCGAGCCUAUCGCGAGGACAGUGCAAUAUGUCAAAGCGGUUCCUGAUCCAGCACUGAAGGAUUACUUUAGCAAUCAACAAGCCGAACCAACGCAGCAACAACAAGAAAUCGCAUCAUCUGCCUCCAAACAACCAGAGGCAGGGUCUCCCAAACAGCAAGACGCCACUGUCUCCGGUAGCAGCCCCAAACAACAGCCGCCCUCGCCACCACCUUGUCAAAGCGACCCCCAGCAUACGUCCAAAGCGGAGACGUGCGACUUUCUCAACGCAAUAAUUCUGUUUUUGUUCCGCGAGCUGCGUGACACUCCUGUGGUCCGACACUGGAUCACCAAAAAGAUCAAGGUGGAGUUUGAGGAGCUCCUCCAAACCAAGACAGCCGGCCGUUUGCUAGAGGGUCUCAGUCUGCGGGAUAUAUCCCUGGGCAACUCGGUGCCCGUCUUCAAAACAGCCAAACUCAUGAAGCCUGUGGCUGUCAAUGAGGACAACAUGCCAGAAGAGCUCAAUUUCGAGGUUGACUUAGAAUAUAACGGCGGAUUUCAUCUGGCCAUCGAUGUAGAUUUAGUGUUUGGCAAAUCUGCGUAUCUGUUUGUCAAAAUGACCCGAGUGGCGGGCAGGUUGAAGCUGCAGUUCACCCGUAUGCCUUUCACGCACUGGUCCUUCUCCUUCCUAGAGGACCCGCUCAUAGACUUCGAGGUAAAGUCUCAGUUUGAGGGUCGCCCUCUGCCCCAGCUCACCUCCAUCAUAGUGAACCAGCUCAAGAGAGUUAUCAAGAGGAAGCACACCUUACCAAAUUAUAAAAUAAGGUACAAACCCUUUUUUCCCUUCCAAGUGCAGCCACCUCUGGUGUCAUCAUGUGACCUGGACAUGUCCAUCCAAAACACCCUGUUGGUAGAGGGACGUCUGCGGGUCACACUUGUUGAAUGUAGCAGGUUAUUUAUCCUGGGGUCAUAUGAAAGAGAGACGUAUGUUCACUGCACCUUAGAGCUUAGUGACAACGAAUGGAGAGAAAAAACCCGGAGCUCUAUUAAAGAGCAACAGACAGAGGAUGAAUGGAGUAUAGCUUCACAUUUUUUCUCACCAAAGUCGUUCCCUCCAUCGACCUGCACCGCGCAGCAGUCACACAUCUACCGAUGCCCAUUUCCAGCCCUCUUCAAUACUGAGGUUAUUAAAGGGCCGUCUGGUAGCGUGGGAAUGACGUUCAGACAUGUGCCGGCUACUGAUGGUGACACAGUGCAUGUGAGCAUAGAGACCGUCACCCCAAAUUCUCCAGCUGCCCUGGCGGACUUACAGAGAGGAGAUCGCCUCAUUGCUAUUGGAGGAGUCAAAGUGACGUCCUCUGUUCAAGUGCCGAAGCUGCUUAAACAAGCUGGAGAGAGAGUGCUAGUCUUAUAUGAGAGGCCGGUCCGGCACCAGGUGCCUAGUGUAAGUUUGGGGCAGAUUCAGGAACCCCUAGGGCCCAUGGAGGAAUCCAACUAUCUUCCUCAGCCUGGGGCCUGUGAGGAGGACCCAGCCCCAAUAACCACCUUGGACAUUUCUGAUAACAGAGACAAUGACUCUGAAUUUGAGGAGCUGAUUGUGGAUUCCAAACCAAGUGGUGCUUCAAUCAGUGUUGACACUAAGGAGGAUUUCCUGCUCUCUGUAAACCAAAGCCCUAAAAAGACUGUGGCCAACCUGGCCAAGCCCCUUGGUUCCAUCUCGCCAAUUCUCAACCGCAGACUGAACCUUCAGUCCCCACUCAAGCCCCAACCCAAAGAAUCACCAAAGCCGGCAACUCCCAAGACUGCUGAACCUUCUGAACAGCCACAGAGACCAACAGUGCCCCCUCCUCCACCACCUGCACGGCCUCCUGUCCCUCCCAGGCCCCAAAUAAAGGUCACAUCAGCCUCCUCAGAAACCCAAAACCUGGUGGAAGGCAAUGAGCCUGCAGUCGAGAAAAGUCCUGAGAAAACACUGUUUAGUGCUAGCAAUGGGGACAAACCAGCAGAGACAAAGUCUGUGAGUAAACAACCAGAUCCUGCUGAGGAGAUCCCAAGUUCUCCUGCCACUACCAAGCAAGAUUCAGCCAAAGACAAGAUAUCUGAGAGCUCCUACAACACUAGGGACAGUCUAGACGAACAGGGUCUCUGGGAAUCACCUGAGACCAUGUACCGCAACAGAUUUGCUCGUUGGAAUAAAGCAUCAAUGGUUUUCGAGGUGGAAAGCAACCACAAAUUCCUUAAUGUAGCACUUUGGUGCAAGGAUCCCUUCAAGCUCGGUAGUCUCUUGUGUUUGGGCCAUGUCAGCUUGCACUUAGAACACAUUGCACUGGAAUGCUUAUCUACAUCGUCUGCUGAAUAUCAAAGCACCUUCCGUAUAUGUGCCCCUGAACCAAGGGCCAGUGUCAGCCGUACGGCUUUGCGCAACUUGAGCACUCACAAAGGUUUCAAUGAGAAACUGUGCUACGGAGACGUCACGCUCAACUUCAUCUACCUAGGAGAUGGGGAGUCGGACUCGGCCAGUGGACUGACAGAACGUGAACGAGAGGGGAGUCUUCAGGAAGAGGAGUUUAGGGACAGAGAAAGGGAGCAGGUGCUCAUGGUAACCCGGGACGAUCACAGCAACAGCAGCAUGCAGUUUGGAGACAUGCGGCACAAUUUUCAAGACACUCAGUUCCAGAAUCCCACUUGGUGUGAUUAUUGCAAAAAGAAAGUGUGGACCAAGGCUGCUUCACAGUGCAUGAUUUGUGCUUAUGUCUGUCAUAAGAAGUGUCAGGAGAAGUGCCUAACUGAGCACCCUCGCUGCCUAGCAACCUCAGACCGACGUGGGGCAGAUCCUGAGGCAAAAUCCACAAUCAACCGGGCUACCACAGGCCUCACGCGUCACAUUAUUAAUACCAGCUCCCGUCUCCUCAAUCUGAGGCAGGUGCCUAAAGCAAGGCUUGCAGAACAGGUUGCAGAAAUGGGACCAUUGGUGGUAGAACCUUCUCCAAAGCAUACGCCUAACACGUCCGACAAUGAGAGUAGUGACACGGAGACCUAUACUGGGGCAAGUCCUUCCAAACAACCACCUGGCAGCAGCAGCUCAAAACUGGCACGCAAGGAAGGUGGACUGGACGACAGCGUAUUUAUCGCCGUCAAAGAGAUUGGUAGAGAUCUUUACCGUGGGCUUCCCACAGAUGAACGCUCACAGAAGCUGGAGCUUAUGUUGGACAAGUUGCAGCAGGAAAUUGACCAGGAGUUGGAGCAUAACAACUCUCUGAUAGGGGAAGAACGAGAGACGAUCGAUGCCCGACGCAAGGCCCUUCUUUCUGCGGCUCUGACCAAGUCUGGUGAACGUCUCCAAGCUUUGACUCUGCUCAUGAUUCACUACCGUGCUGGCAUUGAAGAUUUAGAAUCUGUAGAAAGCACCUCACCGUCUGAGCAGCAUGGCUUUCCGAAGGUGAAAGCUGAAGGUCUGGAGGAUGCUCUGAUGGGCGCAGAAGUGUAUGACAGUGACAUUUGCAAUCCAAUUGAUGGUCAGGUGCUGGAUGAGAUUUCAGAGGAGCAGAUCUGUGUAGAGGCAUUACCAUAGAAAGACAAAGGGUGCCAGGGGCUUGAGACUCAAAAACAUAGGAUUUUUCUCAUGUAUGACAUAGAUUAAGAAUGACAUGUGAACAUCACACAGGUGAAUGUAAAUGUGAGUUUUACAAAAGUAUUCUUGGAAAUUUACCAGAAUAUUAUUGAAAUAUAAUAUAAUUUGAAGAGUUUUGUCAGUGUGAGCAGUUUACCAAUUAUUUUUACUUUUUAAUUUUUUUUUAAUAAAUAUUGUUUUUCACA